ACCCGGCGCCAUCCGGGUCCCGGCGCGGCCAUGGCGACGGUGGCGGAGCUCAAAGCAGUUUUAAAGGACACCCUGGAAAAAAGAGGAGCUCUUGCCCAAAUMAAAGCGAGGAUCAGAGCUGAAGUGUUUAACGCCCUGGACGACCAGGGCGAGCCUCGGCCGACGCUGUCCCGGGAAAACCUCCUGAUCAAUGAACUCAUUCGGGAAUACCUGGAGUAUAACAGAUAUAAAUACACAGCAUCUGUUUUGAUGGCAGAAUCUGGCCAGCCUGAAGUGCCCUUGGAUAGACAGUUUCUCGCCCAAGAGCUGAAUAUAGUCGAAGACGCAAGUGGAAAAUCAGUACCUCUCCUGUAUGGAAUUCUCUCUCAUUUCUUACAUCGUGGUAAAGAGGAAAGUACUCAGAAUAUCCUUCCAAAAGUGUCUUUGCUGAAUUACCCAAAGCAGAACCUUGGCAAACYACCAACAGAGAGAAAUCAAAAAGACAGAAUUCCAGAACCAGGAAGGAUGGCUGGCACAAGCAUUGAAGAGCCCCUUAUUUUACAAAGUAUAAAGAGAUGAUAUCUUUGGUUUGCUAAUUUCUCGUAUCAAGGCCUKUCAGAUUUAAUUUAGGACAUUCUUCAUUGCAUAAAGCCCAUUCCAAUAAACCUAAUGGGACCAUUCUAGCUUGUAACAUCUACUCAUGAGACAGGAUGACAAGGUCAUCCUGCAAUGAAAAAAAUGUUAGCUGGGCUCUCUUCCUCCAGUGCUGAUAGAAGGAAAACCAUAUAGGGAGUCAUAUAAGUGAAUCCUGUUUUUAGAAUAGCACCUGAAUKUACUGUCUUUAUCCAAUAAAUUUUUAUAUGGUAACUUAGCAUGUCUGCACAUACAUCUUUGUGUGUUUUUCUGAAUAAAAUUUUUCAAUUUUA